CACGAAUUAUCAAGACAAAACAGUGGUGUGAAAUGCUUCCAUGUUUAGAAGGAGAAGGAUGUGAUUUGCUAAUCAAUAAAUCAGGCUGGACCUGUACACAACCAGGAGGACGGAUAAAGACAACCACGGCUUUUCCUGCUAAUAUUGGUUUGUAUCUUGAAGAUACUCGGCAGUAUGUCUUGCGUUAUCAUAGCAGUGCUAGAUCAUAUGACAGGGAUAUCACUGUUUG